UGCAACGACAAUAAACACCGGUUGAGUUGACAGCUUUACGGACGACCAUAAUCGAAAGACGAUUUCGUUGCGGUCCCGUGACUGAAACUUUCCGAAUAUCCCCGCGACGACGUCGAAGGAUACUGGGGGAUACCUCGAUCAACGCCGCGAUGGCGAGGCAGCUGCGAGACACGCCGGAUCCUUCCCCGCGCGCGAGACAGUCGCGUCUCGAGAGCCCGUUGGUGAUUCCCGCCAAUUCUACACCAGCAACGUAUCGUAACAUGGAUGUGAGCACGCUGCAGAAUUGGCUGAACAGGCUGCCCGAUGACUGGAGUUCGCCCCAGAGUCCCGAUGAGCUUGUCAUUCAGAAGAGAGGUCGACGCAGGUCUAUAGUAUGGUCCCCUGAUCUCGAUACCUACAAGCGUCGCAGCCUGCUCAGUUUGAGUUCCAGAGACCGCACGCCAGUUAAAAGCCCAUCAACGUCAAAAGCAGUGUCGAGGGAUGCUGCUAGGAAGAGGCUCUCCCUUAACGAUACUCGCCAAUCCAAUUUUACCACGCUGGAGAAUAAGAAAACAUCGUUGCCCUCUCGAGUGUCAUUGAACACUACAAAUGUGCCGAGAGAGCGGUCCAACGAUAAUUUGGUGAAGAGUUUGCGUGGUCUCAGUCACGAGCAACUCGUGAAAUUGAUUAUGGAGUUGGUGUACGCGCAGGACAACGGUGCGUUGCGCGAGAACGAGAAGCUUCGUGAUGUCCUUUCCAAAAAGAUGCCAGUUGCAGAUAUUCAGCCGUUGUUGGAAAAAUUAGUUGUCCUGCGACAAAAUAUUUAUACCAGUCUCAUGUUUGUCCCCAAUUUGACGGACGAUUCCACGUACGGUCGAACUUGCAUACAUCUGGAUACGUUUCAGAAAACUUUGAUCGAUCAAGGAAGAAUACUACAAGAAUCUCAGCACUGGAUUUCACUGAUGCGCUACGCAUUAGAAGCAUGGAGAAUCACCAGAGAAUUACCAGAGUGGGAGAAUCAGGGUUCUUAUAAUUCUACACGACAAUGCUUUAAGAGUCUGUCGCAGUUUUGUACCGAAGCUUUAAGAAGAGGAAAUUUUGAAGCGUCGGCUCUGGAAAUUUACAUUGAAAGUCUCAAAACUAUAGCUGCAGAAUGCGAAGAUUUUCAAAUCUGUCUACAGAUAGCAAAGGAAGGAAAGCACGAGACUUAAGCCUCCUUUCUACAAAAUACCGUGUGCAUGACAGUUUUAUUUAAAUAUUUUCUACGUAGGUGCGUGAUAAUCAAACUUAUUGACAUGUAUUCGUAUGCAGGGUGAUAACAUAAGAUAUAAUUAACCAGUGAUAGAAAUAACCAGUGAAUUAACAAUGAAGUUGUUGCGGAUGAUUUUUAAAAAAUUUAAAACAAAAGUAUUCUUUUUUGUUU